CUUAAGUACAUGAAACACUUGCAACAACAAAAAAGUUAAAGAUAUGGGUGCUAAAUGGAAUUCAAUGAUUAUAAUGGUGUUUGUGGUGACAAUGGUUAUAGCAAUGGAAAAUGUCAAUGGAGAGACGAAAGCUCAAUGCCAUGAAGAUUGCAUUCUAGGUUGUGCCACCACAGGAAGAAUUCCGAUCACGUGCCUUCAGAAUUGUUACCGUCGAUGUCCCGGCAAACCUCGUCGUACAUUAGGUAACCAUUUUUCAGAAGGUAAAAACAAACAAACAAUCUAACAAUUUUGGAAAUAUGUCAAAGAAAAUCUAUUUUAAUGAUUAUUGAGAUUUUUACUAACUAUAUAAAAUAUAUUCCCCUUUGUAUAAAUAAAUUUGAAGUAAGUUUGACUAGUGUAAUAAUAAUAAUAGAUUAACAAUGGAAUGUUCAAAUGAUUGAACGGUAUGCUAAUGUUUCGAAAAUGUGGUGAAAAAUAAAAUAGCAACAUAACGUUUUGAAAUAGUAAAAUUUUGAGAUAUAUUUCGGUAAUAAAGUGUUUUAAAUCUUAGAAACAUCAUUGUCACUGUUUAGGUAUACAUAUAGUCCUGAAAAUAUUAUUUUUUAAAUUAAACUCAAGAGAUUAUUUGGAAAAACUAAAGGUUAAAAUAAUCGAUGGUUCUAAUUUGUAUAGUGGAAGCGCAGAAAUAGAAGAGACGAUGAGUCAUGAAUCAGUGUUGGACUCUUGGGACUUUUAAACUAGCUCUUCUUCUACUUUUGUAUCCUCCUUAUGUAAUAUGAUCAUUGUAAAUUUGUAACGCUAUUAAAUAAAAUAAAAUAAAAUUUGUCCCAUGUUAUAAA